AUGAACUUAUUAUAUAUUUAAGAAAAAUCACCAUACAAGUAAAGUUAUUGAUAUUAUUAAAAGAAAAGUUUAAAUUAUUGAAAAUUAAUAUUAAUGUUAAAAUUAACUAAAAAAAAAUCGUGAUAUUUUAAACUAGAGAUAUGAUGAACUAACAUUAUUAUAAUAAAUUAAGAUUACUUUAGAAAAAGACAUAGCUCGAGCAAAAUUAAUAUUACAGAAUAGAUCAUCUUUUAAUUAAUCUAAUAUUGGAAGUGAAAAGUAAAACCAAUGGAAUUAUUAAACUCAAAAAUACCCAAUAAACUUAUCAAUAUUUGAUCGGUCAUCUAUUGUCAAAACACAAUCUAAUAAAUAAUUUCUAACUUUUUAGAAAAGAGAAAAGCGGCCAUUUGAUUAUAAUCUUAUUCAGAAAAUAGAUGAUAGCAAAAAUAAUCAAAAGUUAGAACAUACUAUUAAUGAAUUAGUUGAAUAGAACUAAAAUAAGGAAAUUAAUAAUUAAGAAAUCUAAAUAAACAAUAAUGAAAUCUCUUAGUAAAAUAAUUAAGAUGAAUAGUAAGAAGAACCAUAUAAAUUAAUAAGAAAAUUUGAGUCAAAUUAAGUAAGAUUACAAAAGACAAUUAAUAUAAUUAAAGAAUUACAGAACAGAUCAUCAAACAAACGAAUUAUGGAGGAAAGUUAAAAAUAUUAUCUAAGAGAAAUAGGAGAUUUUAAUACUUUAUGUAAACAUUAUUCAAUAAAGAAAUUAACUACUAAAUAAAAUUUAAAGUAACAUUGCAAUAAAAUAUAGUUUGUAAGAGGAGAUGGAAAUUGCUUUUAUACAGCAUUUAUUUAUCAAUUUUUUAUUCAUUUACUAUUUACUUACAAUCUAAAUUAAUAUGAUCAAUUUAUAUAAUUUGUUUUAGAUAAAAAGAUUUAAUUCAAAAUCAAUUGUGAAGAUUUUUAAAUUGAUGAUUAAGAAUUAUUAGAAGAGUUUCUUUAUUAACUUUAGUAACUUCGUCUAAUUGUAAACGAAGAAGAUAGAAAAUAAUAACUUUUAUCAUAAUUUAUUUAAUAUGUUAUCACAGAUGAUGGACAAGGUUGUUUUUACAAUCUUUCUUCAAUUUUCUUAAGAAAUUUAUGUGAUACUAUCUUAGAAUUGAGUGAUAUGAAAGAUUAGUGUCUAGAUAGAGAAAACUUGUUAAUUUGGGAAGCUGAAUGCAAUUACAAUGAAAUUAUCGUUUAAAUACUUGCAUAAUAAUUGAAAAUGUAAAUAUAUCUUUUGAUGAUUUUAGUCAUAUCAAAUUGAUAUUUUUUUAGAAUGGAGAAUUUAUCAUGUAAGACUAUGAAAAAGAUUGUUAAAAUUAAAUUAUUCUGCUUAUAUAGCCAGGACAUUAUAACAUAGGAUAUAAUGAUUGA